AUGACCCUCCCCACCAACUUGUUCUCUUUGCUCCUCCUAGUGCUUAUUCUCUAUUUCUCCUCAUUCCUUGCAACAGCUUCUGAAUCUAAAGCUGAUGAAGAAUAUACCUACGCUGAAGGAACUGACAACGGGCCAGAGAAUUGGUGGCGUCUGAACCCAAAAUGGAAAGCAUGUGGGGAUGGAAAACUUCAAUCUCCCAUUGAAAUCAUAGACAAAAGCGUGGUAGAGCUUCCUCAAUUGGGUGAACUUAAAUUAGAUCACAAACCAGCUCCUUCAAUCCUAAAGAAUAGGGGUCAUGACAUCAUGCUGCAAUGGAAUGGAGAUGCAGGCCAACUUGAGAUAAAUGGAACUUACUAUAAACUGAUACAAUGUCAUUGGCAUACACCUUCAGAGCACAAGUUGAAUGGAAUUAAGUUUGACUUGGAACUACAUGUAGUUCAUCAAAACUCUAAAGGAGAGACUGCUGUUAUUGGAAUAUGGUACAAAAUUGGCGGUCCAGAUCCCUUUCUUUCAAAGCUACUCGACGACAUAAAAUCAAUUGGCGACAAAGACGUAGAUUUAGGAGUAAUCAACCCAAAAGAUAUCAACUUUAUGAGCAAAAAGUAUUACAGAUAUGUUGGUUCUCUGACAACUCCACCAUGCACCGAAGGUGUUAUUUGGACAAUAACGAAGAAGGUAAGGACUGUCUCGAGAAUGCAGUUGAAUAUCUUGAAAGGAGUUGUUGAGAAUGGAUUUGAGGAAAACGCAAGACCAACACAGGAACUUAAUGGAAGACGAGUUUCGUUAUAUACUCCGGAGGAGAAUCAAAAGCAUACUUAA